AUGAAUACAAGAUCUAAAAAUAAAUCAUUAAACAGUGAAAAGAAAGAAAUAGCUAAAAGUCACAUAGAGAAUUCAUGGAUUCUUCUCACCAAAGAGUCAGUUUUAGCUAACAGUAACUUCAGCAUUAUAACUCUUCCUCAUCCCUCACAUGGCAGCCCCACAAAGUAUUGCUUGGACGAAGUUAAUCACAAAAUUUACGAAAUUAUAACAUUUAGCGAACCUUAUCGAUCAUGGUUUAUUGGAGAAACUGUAAAAUCAGAUGGGAGUCUCUUAUUAACAACACCUAUUAAUCCAUUAUUUUUAGUUUUACCCCGAUUGCGGAACCAGUGUAAAAGCAGGGCUAUUCCAUUGGAAGAUUUGCUUUCUGAAAAAGGUUUUCAUAAAAUUAUUGACUUCAUAUCAAAUUUGGAUGCUAUUGCUGACCUAAAGGGACCAGAAGAUGUUAGGGCAUAUAAAUAUAAUGAAGAAAAAAGUAUAGCAUGGCUUGAAAACAAAAUACGCAGAUUAUCCAAAACAUUGAAGGAGAAGAGUAUUCAUGUUACAGCUGGAGCUGUUUCUGCUACAUUCAUAUGUAGUAAUGUUAGCAAUGAAAAUGUGGAUGAAGAAUUUUACUUGAAAUAUGCACAUGGGAUGAUAUCACAAUAUCUUGAAGAUUAUUUCAUUGAACUGUUAGAAAAACAAUUUCAAUUCAAAUCUGAGUUAACAGAACAUCUGGGUAACAAAAGAAAAUCAGAGGCUGAAGAAAUUAAAGAAACCAAUAAAAGAAUAAAGCAAGAAAAUAAUGACAAUGAAGAUGUUAAAUUUAACUUAAAUACCUCUGUAUCUGAAAUAAAAAAACCUAAAACAUUAACAGCUAAAGAAAAGGCCAGACAAAAAGCUGCAAAUGGAACUAAAACAAUAUCUGCCUUUUUUAGUAAAAAG